ACUGAAGUUGCGUAUAAAAAAUAAUCAAUCAAAGCCGUGUCUAGUUGUCAAUUUGCACGGUUUUCCUUCUUCUGCCAGUUCAACACGGACGAACGAGGAAAAAUCUUGAUUGCGACUGAAAAAUGGCUGAUUCCGAGCUAGCGAAGGCCUUGAAGGAUUUGCCGAAUCGGGUGCUGAACUCGAGCGUUGAGGAUAGACCGGAGCUGUUCCGAAAUGUAAUUGAUGUGCUGCCUAAUCCAGGUAUCAACGCCACAAUUAUACGUGGAAUUUGUAAAGUGAUCGGCACAACGCUAACUAAGUACAAGGAUCCGGCAUCACAGAUGCUGGUUCGGGAUUUGAUUGUUGCAUUGCUCGAACAGCACCCGGACCUGGCAUAUGAACACUUCAAUAAUGUGCUUAAAACAUUGGUAACGAAGGAUCUCGCUGCAGCACCGCCUCUUAAGGGAGCCCAGGUGGCAAUACUGGCACUGGGGUGGGCUAAUCUGAUAGCGCUACAUGCAAACCAUGAAUCUGCAGUCGGGAAGAAGGAAUUCCCCAAGCUAAUAGAGAAUCAAGCGGGAUUGUAUCAACUUUCGUUAACAUCUGGUAUUCAGAAGGUUUCAGCUAAGGCGUAUAGCUAUUUGAAAGAAUUAUUCGCUAAAAAGGAGGAUUUAGAAAAGCUUUACUUUUCGCAACUAAUCAGUUUUGAACCCUCCAGUUCAGUGAUUAUUCUUAUGUCGGCCAUUUUACGCUACUCCAAAGAAGAAUGCGAUAAUCUUACGCUGUUGGAGCAGAAUAGAACGAAGCUUCUUGAUCACAUUGUCAAAGGGUUGAUCACCGUGAAAAUUAAGCCCCAUGCGAGCGAUAUCGUAGGAUGCUCGGUUGUGUUUGGUACCAUCACAAAGGAUGAAUUCAAAGCGACGAUCCUGCCAGCAUUACAAAGGUCUAUGUUACGUUCACCGGAGGUAAUUCUGCGGGCAGUGGGAUCGAUUGUGAAUGAAAUCCAGCUUGAUAUCAGCGAUUUCGUGUUAGAUCUCGGAAAAACGCUUGUCCAGAAUCUGGCAUCUAAGGAUGAAACCGUACGCCAGGAAGCGGCCGAAUCGCUCAAACAAGUGGCCAUGAAAUGCAGCGCACCGAAAGCAAUUGAAAGUUUGCUAAAAGACGUAUUUGCGGUUUUGAACGGAUCCGGUGGAAAAAUAACCAUUGCCGAAUUGAGAAUCAAUUUGUUACAGGGAGCGGGUAAUUUAAGUUAUAAUCGGGUUAGCCCCGUGGAUAUCCAUGCACUUUUGUCCACAGUUGCCGAGCUAUUCACUAAGACGCUGGAAACUGAACUUCAGGAGAAGGUUCUUUGCCACGCACUGGAAAUGUUCGGGCUAUGGUCAGUUAAUUUCCAUGGAGAAAUUCCAGCAAAGAUCGUUCAAACGUUUAAGAAGGGGUUGGAAUCGAAGGCGCAGGUCACGCGAACAUGUUAUCUACAAUGGUUUCUUGCAUGUUUGAGAAAUGGAAAGCUGCCCAGCGGAAGCGAUUUCACCAUUGCACUAUCCAAAAUCGUCGAGAAGGCCGCUCAAAACCCUACUCAAUCACCGAUUAUUUCCGAGGCCAUCGGUGCGACCUGUGUGAUUUUACUGACGAAUCCCAAAGAUCAAGAUCAGUUGAAAGAUUUUUGGAACGUGGUGCUCGACAUGAACAAAAAACUGUUUCUGGGUGAGAAGUUCCUCUCCAGUACCGCACCGGAGACGCUGUGCUAUGUAAUGUUAAUCUGCGAGCGAUUAAUGUUGAACCAUUUGGAACAGCUCAAAGGUUCGUCGGAUCCCAUUUUCAAAGCGAUUAUUUACUGUGUCAAUUCACACCACAAAAAGGUUCGCCAGUACUGCUUGCCUCUGCUAAAAAAUAUUGUGAAUAGCUCAAACGGUAUCUUUCUUGGGAAAAUUUUACUUCAAGAGCUUACCAACUUUGUGGAGAUUACUAAAAUCCUGAACGAAGGAGAACAAGAAGAAGGUGUUAUUCCUGCUCAAGCAAUCGUGGAUACAAUAAUGGCGGCUUCCGAUAUUGACCCUAUUCAAAGUGCGGACGCACAGACAAUUGCUCUUCAUGCGCUGCUGAGUGCCCAUCAUUCAGCGGCAGUUUCGGUGAAAGCUGAUUUGUGGGAAUCAAUACUGCAGCGUUUCGAACUAGACGGAAAGUAUUUCAUAUCGAUGAACUUGACGCACAUAAGGGAGGUGUUCUUCAACAGCUACAAGGCAACCGCUAUGUACGAAAACACACUGGCUACACUAUCCCACAUCAGUCCAGAGGUAAUCCUACCGGUGCUUGUGAAGAAUGUCACGGAUCAUCUGAAUAACUCGAGAAUGUCCAACGUAACCGACGAGGAGUAUUUUACUUAUUUGACGCCGGACGGAGAACUGUAUGACAAAAGUGUUAUACCCAAUUCGAACGAACAGACAAACACCGCACAUUUGAAGCGAGAAAACAAAGCUUACAGCUACAAGGAACAGCUUGAAGAGCUUCAAUUACGACGGGAAAUCGAGGAAAAGCGUCAAAAGGAAGGGAAAUCAAAACCACCACAGCUUACGCCCAAACAGAAGGAGGCGAUCGAGAAGCAAACCGAGAAGGAGAAGGCCAUCAAGAACCGCCUAAAAGAGCUGAACAACAUCAUCACAACACUAGUUUCGCAAAUCGAGGGCGCCGCAAAGGGAACCCCUCGUCAGUUGUCGCUUUUCUUUCCGACACUAUUGCCCGCUAUCCUGCGAGUGUUUUCAUCACCGCUGGCAGCACCCUCGAUGGUCAAGUUGUACCUCCGGCUGAAGGAUAUAUGCUUCCCGUCUGGGGGUGAUCUUGCCGAGAUUGGGCGGGAUGUUGCGAUUGCCACGAUUCGCCUUAGCAAGCCUCACUGUGAUCUGGAGGAGAGUUGGUGUACGUCAAAUUUGUUGGAAUUGGUUAGCGAUAUUUUGGUUUCAAUUUACGACGAAACGAUCGACAAGUACAAUGUUCACAUUGAGGAGGAUGGAGCGAAGAACUAUUUGCUCAACGCGCCCGCGUUUAGUUAUUGUUUUGAACUGUUGAAGAGAGCUCUUGUGAUGUCCGACGCAGAAAAAGAUGAAAGCUUGCUUAUCAAUGGAAUACAAAUUAUUGCGUAUCAUACACAGCUGAAAGGAGAUACCGUCGAUGGUUUAGAUUUUGGGGAUUUGUAUCACCCGAGAUAUAUGCCCAGAUUGGAGAUGAUCAAAUUGUUGUUGAGGUUGAUUCAGCAGCAUAGGGGAAGAGUUCAAACGCAAGCCGUUGCAGCGUUAUUGGAUGUGGCUGAAAGUAGUUCAGGGAAGGAGUAUACCGCUGAUGCUGAUCAAAAGGAAAUUGAAUGCUUAAUGGUUGCGCUGCAGGACGAAUCGGAUGCUAUCAGGGACGUAGCAUUGAGAGCGUUGGCAAUUAUGAUAAACGUGCUUCCGUCGAUCAGUGAUGAUUAUGAAAUAGGGUUGCGGCUGACGCGAAGACUAUGGGUGGCCAGACAUGAUGUGUGCCAGGAUACGAAGCAACUGGCAGAGAAUCUUUGGCAACAAGGCGGCUUUGAUGUACCGAUCGUGAUGGCGGAUGAACUACUGAAAGAUAUUAUUCAUCCAGAACCGUGCAUUCAGAAAGCCGCUUCCUUUGCUUUGGUUACUAUUUUAACUGAGGAUUCCUCGAUAAUUGAUGGGAUUUUGGAACAACUGUUGGAAAUUUAUCAGGAUAAAUUAACUAUGAUUCCGGCAAAAUUGGAUCAAUUCGAUCGUGAGGUUGAACCGGCCAUUGAUCCGUGGAGUCCGCGACGGGGUGUUGCCAUUGCUUUGUGUCAAAUAGCCCCAUUUUUAACGUCCGAAUUGGUAAAUAGUUUGACACAGUUUAUGGUCGCUACAGGCCUGAGGGAUCGGGAAGAGAUUGUUCACAAGGAAAUGUUGGCCGCUUCCUUGGCGAUUGUAGAACAUCACGGUAAGGAGAGCGUGUCGUAUCUUCUGCCUACUUUCGAGGAAUUCCUAGACAAAGCGCCCAACAAUAGCGAUUACGAUAAUAUUCGCCAGGCGGUUGUUAUAUUGAUGGGUUCACUGGCUCGUCAUCUAGACCGGGACGAUGCGAGAAUUCAACCGAUUGUGAAUCGUCUACUAGCAGCACUCUCUACUCCGUCUCAACAAGUUCAGGAAUCAGUUGCUAAUUGUAUUCCUCACUUGAUUCCAUCUGUGAAGGAUCAAGCUCCGCAGAUGGUGAAAAGGCUUAUGCAACAGCUUGUGAAGUCGGAAAAAUAUGGCGUACGGAAAGGAGCAGCGUAUGGAAUCGCCGGAAUUGUGAAAGGGCUCGGAAUUCUCUCCCUGAAACAGCUGGACAUCAUGACAAAGCUCACUGCUCACAUACAGGACAAGAAAAAUUUUAAAUGUCGCGAAGGGGCACUGUUUGCCUUCGAAAUGUUAUGCUCCACUUUGGGUCGUCUGUUUGAGCCGUACAUUGUCCAUGUUUUACCCCACCUGCUUCAGUGUUUCGGAGAUUCAUCCUCCUAUGUCAGGGAAGCUGCCGACGAGUGCGCAAAAACUGUGAUGGCCAAGUUAUCUGCUCACGGAGUAAAACUGAUUCUGCCCUCAUUAUUGAACGCUUUGGAUGAAGAUUCAUGGAGAACGAAGACCGCAUCGGUAGAACUUCUUGGAGCAAUGGCUUACUGUGCACCCAAACAGUUGUCUUCCUGUCUCCCGAGUAUCGUUCCCAAACUGAUGGAAGUUUUGGGAGAUUCUCACAUCAAAGUGCAAGAAGCGGGGGCGGAUGCAUUGAGGGUUAUCGGCAGUGUAAUCAAGAAUCCCGAAAUUCAAGCAAUCGUUCCAGUUCUGCUGAAAGCCCUGGAAAAUCCAUCUACGAAGACAUCGGCUUGUUUACAAAGCCUGUUGGAGACAAAGUUCGUUCAUUUCAUCGAUGCUCCCUCGUUGGCAUUGAUCAUGCCCGUUGUCCAGCGUGCCUUCAUGGAUCGUUCCACCGAAACUCGCAAGAUGGCAGCUCAAAUCAUCGGAAAUAUGUAUUCUCUUACCGAUCAGAAAGAUCUCACGCCCUAUCUGCCGAAUAUUAUUCCUGGAUUGAAGACAUCACUUUUGGAUCCCGUGCCGGAGGUUCGUGCCGUAUCAUCUCGAGCACUUGGAGCCAUGGUCAAAGGAAUGGGUGAAUCCUCUUUCGAUGACCUUUUGCCGUGGCUAAUGCAGACACUUACUUCGGAAAGUAGCAGCGUUGAUCGCUCAGGUGCUGCGCAAGGUCUAUCCGAAGUGGUCGGAGGUUUGGGUGUCGAAAAACUGCACAAACUCAUGCCGGAAAUUAUCGCAACCGCUGAACGGACGGAUAUUGCUCCACACGUGAAAGACGGUUAUAUUAUGAUGUUCAUCUACAUGCCAAGUGCGUUCCCGAACGAUUUCAUGCCCUACAUAGGACAGAUCAUCAAUCCAAUCCUAAAGGCGCUUGCCGAUGAGAACGAGUACGUGAGAGAUACUGCUUUGAAGGCUGGACAGAGAAUUGUCAAUUUAUAUGCGGAAUCUGCAAUCGCUCUGUUGCUUCCAGAGCUAGAAAAAGGUCUGUUCGAUGACAAUUGGCGAAUUCGCUACAGCUCGGUGCAGCUGUUAGGGGACCUCCUGUACAAAAUCUCCGGAGUGUCCGGAAAGAUGACAACGCAGACUGCCUCGGAGGAUGAUAACUUUGGCACAGAACAAAGUCAUAAGGCGAUUAUCAGAAGUUUGGGAGCCGAAAGAAGAAACCGAGUGUUGGCUGGUUUGUAUAUGGGACGUAGCGAUGUAUCGCUUAUGGUAAGGCAGGCGGCUUUGCAUGUUUGGAAAGUUGUGGUCACCAACACGCCUCGCACUCUCCGGGAAAUUUUGCCAACCCUAUUCAGUCUAUUGCUCGGGUGUCUUGCCAGUACGAGCUACGAUAAACGUCAGGUUGCUGCUAGAACUUUAGGAGACUUGGUUAGAAAACUUGGAGAGCGCGUUCUUCCGGAAAUCAUUCCUAUUUUAGAGCGUGGACUCAACUCGGACCAAGCCGAUCAACGACAAGGUGUCUGUAUUGGUUUGUCCGAAAUCAUGGCCUCCACUUCCAGAGAUAUGGUGCUGACUUUCGUCAACAGCUUGGUUCCCACCGUAAGGAAGGCUUUGGCCGAUCCACUCCCGGAAGUACGCCAAGCCGCUGCGAAAACUUUCGACUCUUUGCACAACACUGUUGGAACUCGUGCCCUUGAUGACAUCCUACCAUCCAUGCUAGAGAGUCUUUCCGAUCCCGAUUCAGACGUUGCCGAAUGGACUUUGGAUGGCCUGCGUCAAGUAAUGGCCAUCAAAUCGCGUGUGGUCCUUCCGUAUCUCAUCCCUCAAUUAACGGCACAUCCAGUCAACACUAAGGCAUUGUCAAUUCUAGCGUCAGUCGCGGGAGAUGCUCUCACGAGGUAUUUGCCCAAGAUACUCCCCGCUCUGUUAUCGGCGCUGGCCACUGCUCAAGGAACUCCGGAAGAGGCUCAAGAACUGGAAUACUGCCAAGCUGUGAUUCUCUCUGUAAGUGACGAGGUAGGAGUUCGCACUAUUAUGGAUACCGUGAUGGAAUCUAGCAAGUCGGAUAAUCCCGGAACACGGAAAGCAGCUGCAACAUUGCUGUGUGCUUUCUGCACUCAUUCCCCCGGAGACUAUUCUCAAUAUGUGCCACAACUGUUACGAGGGUUACUCCGUCUGCUGGCUGACUCGGAUCGAGAUAUUUUGCAGAGAUCAUGGGACGCCCUGAAUGCUGUCACUAAGACACUGGAUUCGGCCCAACAAAUUGCUCAUGUUACAGACGUCCGCCAGGCCGUCAAAUUUGCCAGCAGUGAUCUCAAGCAGCCCGAACUGCCAGGGUUUUGUUUACCCAAAGGUAUUACACCGCUUCUCCCCGUAUUUCGUGAAGCCAUUCUCAAUGGUCUGCCAGAGGAGAAAGAAAAUGCUGCACAGGGUUUGGGUGAAGUCAUUCAGUUGACUUCGGCCACUUCGCUACAGCCCUCUGUGGUUCAUAUCACCGGUCCUCUGAUUCGUAUUCUUGGUGAUCGCUUUAACGCGGGUGUGAAAGCUGCAGUUCUCGAAACGCUGGCCAUUUUACUGCACAAAGUCGGAAUUAUGCUGAAACAAUUUUUACCUCAGCUUCAAACUACAUUCCUGAAGGCACUACACGAUCCAAACAGGCUCGUCCGUAUCAAAUCUGGUCACGCACUGGCAGAACUGAUUGUUAUCCACACCAGACCAGAUCCACUGUUCGUGGAAAUGCAUAAUGGCAUCAAGAAUACGGACGACUCCGGGAUCCGGGAGACGAUGCUCCAAGCGAUGCGAGGUAUCCUAACUCCGGCUGGCGAUAAGAUGACUGAUCCGUUGAAGAAGCAGAUCUACACCACCCUGGUUGGUAUGCUGGGUUAUUCGGAGGAUGUGUCACGUGCCGCUGCUGCUGGCUGUUUCGGAGCUCUCUGUCGCUGGUUGUCCCCAGAACAGCUGGACGACGCCAUGGGCUCACAUUUGCUCAGUGAGGAUUACGGUGAAGAUGCGGCACUUCGACACGGUCGAACAGCUGCAUUAUUCGUUAGUCUCAAAGAAUGCCCAGCUAUAGUUUACACCGGAAAAUACGAGGCUAAAAUCUGUAAAACUAUUAUUUCCUCAGUGGCAUCAGAAAAAAUACCCGUUGCUCUGAAUGGUGUCAGAGCCGCUGGAUAUCUGCUUCAGUAUGGCAUGUGUACCGAAGACGUCAAGCUCCCGCUGCAGAUAAUCGGACCGUUUGUGAAAUCUAUGAAUCAUACCAGCAACGAGGUAAAACAAUUAAUGGCAAAGACCUGUAUCCAUCUAGCCAAAGUAGUACCUGUCGAAAAAAUCGCCCCGGAAUAUAUAAAGCUUGUAAUCCCAAUGCUUGUAAACGGAACCAAGGAGAAAAAUGGUUACGUCAAAUCCAAUUCGGAAAUUGCCCUAGUGCACGUGCUUCGAUUGCGGGAAGGUGAUGAAGUACAUCAGAAAUAUAUCGCUCUGCUGGAACCGGGCGCACGGGAUUCGUUGAGCGAAGUAGUCAGCAAAGUUCUCCGCAAGGUUGCCCUCCAGCCAGUGGGCAAAGAAGAAGAGCUAGAUGAUACAAUCCUAACGUGAUUACCACCACCGCUGCUAGCGAAUGGUAGUAGAAAGCAGUGUCAGCAACUUUGCUUCACUGUGCUUUGCAUUUGGAUCGUGGGUACACCCUCUUGGUGCCACUGCAAUGCUCUGUCGUCAGUUGUAAUCGAUAGCUUACAAAUCAAGUGGUUCGAUAGGAAUAAUAAAAUUGAAUAUCAUCCAGAAAAAAAAAUUGUUUUGUGGAGCGUCUGACCUUGCCAGAUUAUCGGUCAGUACUUACGGUGAGCAUCGAAAGAAAGUCUUGAUUCGCCCUUAUCGGUUGUACAUACACUGCUAUUGAUUAUUGCUAUAAUCUUCUUGAAUAUGACUAUCAAGUAAACUACGGUUACCAGCGACGGUGCACACAAUGUAAGACUUCGAUUAAUACAGGACACAGAUAUUUUCAAAAUAAACAUACCAAAGUUUUCGUAGAUGGCGUUCUCGGAACCAUGACCAAAUAUGUGUGUACUUAAUUGCCUUUGGUUGUUUUUAUUGUUAUUUUCUGAAACGACGGAAAAG